AUGAUGCUACGGUAUUUAUUUACGAAGCAGCCUGGGGGAGGCCCUGCUCCUUUGAUCCACAAUCCUGUGAGAUGGUGGAUCCUGCUCCUUAUUUGCCUGCACAUGGUCCUCUUCCUCGUUGCCGCGGCCUCCUUUGCCUUUCCUUCGAUGUGGGAUCUUUACUGCGUCCAGCUACUGGACAACUCGACCUAUUGCGCCGUAUGCGCAGCCGUGGCUUUUGCUAUGAUUUUUUACUUUUCCCUCCUCUCCUGCGAGACUUGGGGGACGGAGCGUGAGUGGGCGGUCGCUACGGUGGUGACGAUGUCUAUGGCGAUUGUGGAUUUGUGCACCGCAGGGUGGGGCAUGUUUGUUUUGGUAACUUCUUCCCAGGCAAUCUUCGUUGAGGAGGAGAGUCCUGAGGGGUGCGACGACUGGAAGGCCUACUUCUUCUACUAUGCUGCUGCCGUUGUGAUUACUGCCCACGUUACAGUUGCCGUUAGCUGUGCUGUAGUCGCCGUCUUCCUGACGCGGGGUGUGGGAACCCAGCUGGAAGAGCUCAGACACCUAGUCUAG